AUGGCGCACGCGCCCUGGGGGCGAGACUCUUCAAAGACCUUCCCGGGCCUGCUCUGGGCAAGGCCGCGCCGGGCGCGCGCUGGGGGCGAGACUCUUUCGCGACUAAAGACCCUCCCGGCCUGGUCUGGGCAAGGCCGCGCGCGCCUUGGGGGCGAGACUCUUCCGCGACUACAGACCCUCCCAGACCUGCUCUGGGCAAGGCCGCGCGCGCGCUGGGGGCGAGACUCUUUCGCGACUAAAGACCCUCCCGGGCCUGCUCUGGCCAAGGCCGCGCGCGCCCUGGGGGCGAGACUCUUCCGCCGCGCGCGCCCUGGGGGCGAGACUCUUCCGUGCUUCUAUGAGAACCAAGUGAACGGCUACCCCUGUGACGACAACAUCUUCUAUACCCUCAAUGACUCAUGCCAGAACGGCUUUUGCGAGGGCAUCGCGGAUUUUUGUUUGGGGUACAACGUAUCAUGCGAUCCGCUGAGUUCGUGUUUAUCUGGUGGCGAGUGUCAUCCCUCCACCGGCCGCUGCACGUAUGAGAAGUUGCCGGACGAAACGCCUUGUGACGACGGGCGGGAGUUUACUGUUCAGGACAUGUGCCAGAAUGGCCUGUGCGUAGGCCGUCCACAGGAUCUUUGCGAGCAGCGAGGGGUGGUGUGCGAGGCACCGAACUGGUGCUACGAUCCAGGCCGAUGUGAUCCGAAGACCGGGCUGUGCAGUGAACCAACGCUGGCUCCUGGAUAUCGGCCGUGCAAUGACCAAGACCCCACCACAAGCAACGACUCGUGCAUUGAAGGAGUUUGCAUGGGCAUGCUGGCCGACGGUUACGAGUAUCAGACCAUUGGAGCAGGCGAAUGUGUUGAUCGUGAAAAUCGGCGUAUGGCCCGUUAUGCGGGAGAUGUGAAGGAUCAGCGGGAAUGUGAGAGAAUCUGCACAGGCGAUCCGCAGUGCGCCGGAUACGCAUACAACUUUCCGCUGUGUAGCAUCUACGGCACGGUGCGCACAACAAUUCCGAUGGAAAUGCCAACGUGGUCUUUCCAGGCGGGCACGGACCCCUUGGGUGUCAUUAUCGAAGCUUCACAGGUGAUGACAGACGUGCAAAGGCGCUCGAUCUGCCGAAGGAAAGGUGUGGUGCCAGAUCGGAUUGUGUCGCCUUCUGACGUCGAGGUGUCAGCGGACGAGUUCUUUUCACCAGUGAGGAUCGGAAUCUUCUUCCUGGUGCUCUUGGGCUGCUUCUUUGCCUUGCCGCUGACGGACUACAUCUCCAGGCUUCUGAAAUGCAGGAAGGAUCCCCUCGAGGAGAUUGCUUCGCAGGUCGCCCAGGAUCCGGCGCAGUAUGACGAAAGUCCCCACACUGAGAAGGGGUACAGCGAAGAUCAGCUUGCUCUCGAGCAGGAGGAGUAUCCGGGAUUGGAGGGCCUUCGAGACGCAGCCAACGCCGAUGAUCCCGUUCUGCCGAACGAGGCGCUUGACUUUCUGUUAUCUUGUUCAGACGGAUUUAUACCGAUCAACACAGAAACCGUUGCUUAUCUACCAGUUGCCACACUGUUGCGUCAACAGUAA